GCUGCUUUUUCCACGGGGCGGCACAGUCUCUACCUCAUUCUCCUUCCUAAGCCCUCGCUGCCUAUCAGCUCCGAGGCAAGGAGGCACAAUGGCUGCCGGGGCCCCGGGAAGUGUCGAGGCCAGACUGGCACCCCGGAGCUCCCUGCUCUAGGCCGGCUCUCUCGUCUGCAGCCUUCCUAGCGCGGGCAGGAACGGGCCGUCCCUCUGGGCAGCGCAUGGCUGGUUUUCUGAACUGGACUCGGGUUCUCCCCAUCGGUCAUGACUGGCCCGGCUGAGCCGGUUUUCUCGACUUCUCCCGGCAGGGCCCAGCACGCGCUGGGGGCGGUGGGGAGGCCCUCCUGGGUCCUGCGUCCAGCCCGAAGUGCCAAGAGGCCCCCCAGGCUUUGGGGGAAGCCGGGGAGGCCCCAAGGCGGUGGCCCGAGUUCCCUCAUUUCAGGAUCCUCCCAAGGGGUCCAAACAAAAGGCAGGGCUCAAGCGCGGGGGGCAGCGGUGUGAGCGCAGAGGGGGGGCCGGACGCAGGCCGGGGUUUGCCUCCACCUGGGCCUCGGGGCACGCAUCCACUGAACGGGUGGCACGCAAGGCCCCGCUUAGUCUGCGCGGCCUUGGCAAAGGUCUAACCCGGGCAGCCUUGGGGGCGGCGCAGAGGGAGGGUCCAGGCGACGCUUUGACCCUUUUGGGCACCACCUCGAGGCUGUCAUGAGCCAAACUGCCGGGAAAAGCAGUCGGACCCCCGAGUCGGCGCUGCUCAACACCAGACAGUGUUUAUAAAGUCUGAGUUUAUUUCUCAAAAAUAUCUCACCAAGUUCCCCCCCACGUGUCCCUUUUCCUGCCUCGUCUGCAGCCCGGCCGGCAGAAGCUCCUCCCUUUGAGGGCCUUUUAUGGCCGUCCCUCUCCUCCGGCCCCCACCAGCUGCCCAGCAAGAUCUUUGCUCCCCUCCCCGGAGGCACCCUGAAGGCCUUUCUGCAAACACGUGCCGGCCCAGAGGGAGUGUCGGGCAGGCCCCGCUCUCUUCCCUGGAGUUCUGUUAGCGGGCAAACUGGGGGAAAUCCUGGGGCCGGAGGGCAGCCUCCUGGGCCCCAGGGAAGCCGGCAGGAGCCAGAGAAGACGCCCCCGGACAGCUUUGGGGAGGGGCCCGCGGGUGGCUUCCCCAGACACGCACCUUGUGAACGGCGACGAAUGGGGAGAAGGCAGACCGCCGUGAACGAGACACAGCCUGCUACGCACCGGCCCGCCCCGUGCCAGCGGCCGAGCCUGGCUCCCUCCCGGAGGCUCCAGCCCCCUCGGGCCUGUCCAUCCAAAGCCAACACGCCUGCGUAUGAAUUCAAGUGCAAUCUGGGGUCGACUUCGCUCUUCCCUCUGAGAUCUACGGGCAGACGGCCGACUCGGCAGGCCCCACCAUCCCCCUUUCUGUGGAAAGGCCCGCGAAGGAGGCCAGAGGAAGGAGCGAGGCCCGUGUUCUUCCGGCCCCAAAGGCGGGCCGUGACUUUCCUGGGCCACCGAGGGAGGGGGACGAGGGGCUCCCUAACCCACGGGGGGAGGCAUGAGCUGGAGGAAGCCCACCGCCAAGCUCCACACGCUCCCCUCGGGGGCAGAUCCUGGCCGGCCAUCGGAGCGUCCGUCCGUAGGAAACCCUCCAAUCCCGUCCUUCCGUCUUCCGAAACGCCCACGAAUGGGCUGCUGUUUAGCAGAAGCCACCAUCGCGGGGCUCCUCGGCGGCGCUCCAUCUUCGCGCAUGCCGGGCAACAUAAGGCAAAAGGCAAAAGAGGCCUUGAAUCGGCACAGAAUUCCCCACGGACCGAAGGGGCCGACGGUCCUGGUGUCCAAGUGUCAAAGCAGCGCCCGGGAAGCUCCUGCCCAGCACACGCCGCCACGGAAGCCCCAAGGAGUCUCCGGCGCAGUCUUCUCGCCCCCGUGUCCUGGGGCAGCGGCUGGCCGCGACGCCCCCCGUCAGAGCAGCAUUGGACACCCAGAGCUUUUCGGCAGCCUCUCUGGCCAUCGGGGUGUCGCGCCGUCUCAUGUGUCCAUGGGGAUGGGCACGUCCCCCCCGGAACACACUGUCCAGCCACGGACGCUCCCCCGUUGGGCUCUCCAGCCCGGAGAGGAAGGCUCUGGGCGGAGGCGUUCCCAGCUCUCCGCCCUCUCUGCCCUCUCGGGGUCUGAGGACAGGCCCCGCCCCGGAAGGCUCAAACGGGUCUCCUCGAGGACCCCCGGCUGCCUGGCUCGCUCGGUCCAGUUCGUUCUAGCUACGGUGAAAAGGUCGGUGCACCCAGUCUACGAGUUUGUUGCUUUUUCAUUUUUAAUAUUCGCUCUGCAUGCUUGGUCUAUGUGCAUGCGCUCAUAUAAUAAAUAUUAAAUACAGGAAAGAAAUCCACAAAAUUAGAAAGGAACAAAACCGGACAUUAAGAAAUAUUACAUGGCAGGUAGCUGAAGAAACAAGUCAGGGGAGAAAAACCAAGCUGAGGUAACGCCAGCGGCUGGCGGCCGCCGGUCUGAGCCAUCUGGGGGUCCGGAGCACAGCGACGCCCUCCGGCGGCCCGGCGGCCGCGGGGCUCAGUCCAGGAGCCGGCGCUCGCACAGCUCCUUGUAAAUCCUUCUUCGAACGCGAGGCAUGUCCUCUUGGGAGAACUGGAAGGGUCGCUCAAAGGCCAGGCACUUGCAGUACUGAAAAAGCCCCCGAAGGCCGAGUGAGGCUCCCGCGGCAGCCAGCGGAGCCCCGGCACGGCCCCGGCGCUGGCCAUCCCCCAGCCGUGUCCCCCGGGGACGGGCGCAUCGCCCAUUGGGAGCGGCACCAGGGGGCAGGCGAGGAUGGGCUCCUCAUCGAGGGUGAAAGUGGGGAGACUCCCAGACGGACCCCCCCAACCCGAGGCCAACCCUGGUCCCCGAGAGGCCUCUGCUCACCUGGAGCACAAAGACUCCACAGUCGCUGUCGUUUUUCUGUUGUGGAAUGCACUGAGGGGGAGAAGAGAGGCAUGAAGGUCCCCGGCCAGGCUCCCCCCUGGCUCCCCCCCUUCCCUCUGAGCACCGUUGGCAUCCGCCACCUUAGCAGGCGCUUCCUGUCCCGGGGACUUUUGUCAAGGCCCAGAACGAAGCAGAGGCAAGAAGCAGGGCCGGGGAGCCUCCUAACGCCCCCCAGACCGAGGAGGAGACCAGGGCGUCGGCGCCUACUCCAACUCCUGUCAACUGACCGCAAUCCCCCACUGGCCGCCCCCAGACUAAAGGCUUCUUUUGGGGAGAUAAAGCUGGUUACCAGCAGCAAAAAUGGAAGAUGAACCCCCUCCCCCGUUGUGCUCGGGGGUCCGGCAUCCGCUACCUGUGGGGGGAGGGGGCUGCUCCCGAGGCUCUCUAGAGUGCCCUCCCCUGCCCGACACUCACCUUCGUAACAACCGUCUGCCAACCCUGAAGGAACUCGGGGCGAUUUUUUUCUCUUGCUUCGGUCAACAAAUACUUUCUUAUAUUCUGGUGAAGAAGAAACCACAAUGCACCGUGCGGUAGCCAGAGGGCGGGGGCGCAAGGCCCCCCCAUGGCUGGCCCGGACUAAGAAGUGUUCAGAGGUGGAGCUCAGGCUAUGGCUGGGGAGGGAGAAUGGCAGAGAGAAGCCGAAAAGGCUCCAUCCAACACUCGGGGUCCCCGCCUCGCUGCUGACACCCCACGGCGAUGUCUGGAUCCAAGGGCCCCCCUCGGGGCUCCUUUCUGUGGCCCAUCGGAGAGUCGGGGCGGGGGCAGAGAUCAGAGACGCGGCCCCGACUCACCUCUACACAAAACUUGAAAUGAAUGCCUUGGGAGUCGUAGAAGGAGAUAAUUCGAUUGGAAAGAGUCACAGUAAUGAGAGACCAGUGGACCUCCAGGUGGAUGGGGAUCAAGAGAAGGCUCUUCUUGAACAGAUCCACCUGGCCGGAGAGAGCACGCGGUCUGUCUCUCCCAUCUCCCCUCCCCCUUGUCUGUCUGUCUGUCUGUCUGUCCUGUCCCCCCCCCCCCCCCCCCCCAAGGCUGUGGCCUCUCACCUCCAUGCAGUGUUCCAGAGGACAGAACAAAUACAAUGCCGCAGUCACCAACAGUCCCCCACUGUGGCAGAGGGGGGACCCCAGCCUGACAGUGGCUGAGCUCCAGGCUCAGAGCCUCCUCCCCAGGAGCGGACCGUUGGAAGAGGAGUCUUCAGACAACAGCACCCCAGGCAGCCUGGCCGCGGCCGUCUCCUCGGAGGGAGUGGGGGGGUCUGUCUGCUUGUGGAGGGGCCCCAGGGAUGACAUCCUGGGUCUUAGGAAGUCCCCUGGCCCCGUGGAGCCCCUCAGGGGUUAAGGAAGCUUUGUGGGGGACGGGGACAGGGAAUGGAGAGGCGCUCUAAUGCAGACCCAACAGGCCAGUAAAAAGAUGCCCCCUCUGAGGGCCGGAUGGAGAGGAUGCCGUUAUGUCUGGCCACCACAGCCUCCCGAGUCACCCAAGAAGUCCCUCCGGGCUGUCUUCCCCCCUACGGGACCCCUGCUCAGUCUCCUUGGCCGGGGGCUCCCCCAGGCAGUAGCCGCCAGGAGUGGGCGCCGUCCUGGAUCCUCGUCUUCCUGCCGCUAGACCUCACCGUCUCUACGCUCACCCAGCCCCGACUCCUGAAGAGAGCGCGUCCCUGCCCAUCUGGCCGUCCCGAUCCCCUCCGGCAGGGGCCUCCCGCUCUAGCUGCUGGGCUCUGGCCGCCUCCAGCCCUUCCCCCAUUGGGCCGGGGUGAUCGUCUCCCGAAAGCCCAGGAGGGGCCGUCCCCCCUACUUAAUAAACCGGGGGCCUUCUCUGUGGCCUCUGCAGGCAGGCUAGCACACUUGAUUCCCUUCCGCCGUCCCCAGGAUCCGGCGACCCUGGCUUCUUGGCUGUGGCUCAAAGGAGAGCCCCCUCUGCUCUGGGCCUUUCCCCCGGCCGCCCCCCAGGCCCGGGAUGCUCUCCGUCCCCACCUCUGCCUCCUGGCUGCCUUCAAGGCUCAGCUAAAAUACUGCCUUUUACAAGAAGCCGUUCCUGGCUCCGCUUACUGCGGUCACCAGUCUAUCCACAGCGAUCUUGUCUGCCCACGGAUACCAGCACGUGGGCUCCCAUCAGAAGGGGGCGCCCUCACAGCAGAGACGCCUCCUGGCUUUUCCCCAUGUCCAGCCCUCAGCAUAGAACGCGGCACACAGUAGGUGAUUAAUCAAUGCCUGACUGAGUUCUCCCAUCCUCUUCCCCUUCCUGCAACCUGCCCUGAAAAUGAUCUCAAAGCCCUUGAAGCCCCCAUUCAGACAGCAUCUUCCUCCAUACAGCGUUGGCGUAGGAACCGUUCUGACACGUCGGUCAAACACCAUCAAGGAAAGAGUUGAGGUGGAUGUUCUUUAGGGGGUCUCCAGCCUGGUCGCCCCCCUGGGGGGCUGCGUCCCCACUUGUCCCCCCCCCCCCCCAUGACCUGAGAAGUCAGAGGCUGCCCAUGAGCUGAACUGAGGCACUGGGAGCAAACAGGAAGCCAAAGCCUACCUUUUUGGUCCAUCUUUUUACUCCAUUAUAUCCUUUGGUUACCAGCUGUCUAUGAAAAAAGCUGUUGAAGAAGUGAACCUAGGAAAGACCAAAUGCACACCAACAAGUUAAACCGAGAAAUGGCAAGAGCCAAGCUUUCGGGACGAGGCUUCUGCUCCCGGGAGGAGACAAGGACAAACGUUCCCAGGCUUCCUCCCCGACCUGACGCUCUCCAGAAGCAUUCCUGGCCGUCCCGAGCACACCAAGGCUCGGUAACUUCAUUCCUGGCCAGUGCCUCGGCUGCCGCCUCGGCCAGAGGCCCCUGUAAUCUGUGGUCCGCCUCAGACCCCCUUUCUGAAUGGUUUCCCAGACCACCUCUCGGCACUCGUCCCUUCCCUCACCAAUUCUGCCCUCCCUAUAUGCUGCCGACCGCAGCACCUCCAGGCGCCCGUGCUGUCUCUUCCCAAGCCUUGGGGUCCUGCCUCCACCUCUCUUCCUCCCGCCAUUUGGGCCCUGCUUGGACUGUUCGUGGAGCCCGUCGGAAACGGGCCUGCAAGCAGCUCCGGCUCACCCCCACCAACCUCUCCUUCGUUCACACGUGUGCCAGACCGAGGCACGUACCCUCCUCCUCUCCAGAGAGGCUCCACUUACCUUGUCUGGAACAGCAUCCAUUAUCAGCUCACCAUACAUAUUGAUUACCUGAAAAAACCCAACACGUUUUAAAGGGCACCAAACCCCGUAAAUCCAGGACUGCAGGUCCCCAUUUAACUCGGACCAGAACUGAAAACAGUGUCACUAGGGCAGCGAGGACCUCUACAGAGCCCUCUCCUCGGGCACCACACGAAGGCUACCCAUUUUACAAAGGAAACACAGGCAGAGAAAUGAGGCAACGGGCCCAGGGUCACGGGGCCGCCAGUGUCAGGGCCAGGGAAAGAGUGCCCAGGCCGUUUGGAGCCCAAGCCCAGGGGCGCAGGCCCUUACAGGCCUAGGAAGCACCUUCGGCCCACUGGGUGCACAUAAAAGGGUCUUAGAGUUAAAGAACAGGCUGGAAUAAAGAGUGGACCGCAGGGCCUCCACCUGUGGUAGACGCUUAAUAAAGGGUUCUGGACUGACUGGCUGGGCUACGGCAAAGAACAAACUGACUUCUAGAAGGAAGGGGCUGGACUAGCCAGUGUCCGAGGUCCCUUCCAGCCACCCUCUUCUCACCUGGUCAUUCAGCCAGUUCUGACCGUCCAGCGUUGCCAGGUCGUCCAUGUCCAGCAUGUGCCUGUUGUAGAACACCCGGAAGUUGCAGGUGGAGGAUUUUGGAUGCCUGGCCCGGUAGUUAGUAAUUUCCCGAUUGAUAAACGGCUUUCUGAAACAGGUCGAUUUAGGAGGAGUGAGUGAGCCUGGAGAGCCAGUUACUCCUUUUCUUACUCAAUGUGAUGAGGGCUUUAUAGAGCCAGGAGUCGGGCAGGGCACACAAACAGGGCCUCCAACGGAUCUACCAACCUAUUGGAAAAGUCUUCAUUAAAAACCUCUUUCAGUCUUCCGAGAACAUCUUUUUCACAGAGGGGGACCAAGCUGCCAUAUUUCUUCAUCACCUCAUCCAGGAAUCCUAGAAACACAUGAAAAAGACUUAAAACCAAGAGAAAGGGACACAUUCAUUUAAGCUGACCAAUCCUGGACAGGGAUCUCUGAAAAGGUUUUUAAAGAGUUAAAAAGAUAGGAUCGUAUGCUUGCUAGAAAAGAAAAUCCAGCAGCAAGCGCCCAAGCCCAAUGGGAGGGGGCCCUUCCUCAGGGGACAUCUCUGCUUUUGGCUUUUUAAGCUACAGACCCAUCAGUGGAUGGGAAAGGAAGGCUGCAUUCCCCACGGUCAAGAUCUGAACUUCUCCACAGCUUUCACACCAGAGAGGAUUCUUGCACCGAAGUCAAGUCACAGGUGACCAGUGCCAUCUAAAUGGUCACUGAAGACCUAAACCAAAGCAAAGCACUAGUGAGCUGGAUGCCACACUGCCCAUGAAGGUGGAAGACAAAGGAUACCGGAUACUAGAAUCUCCUGUGCAAAUGCUAUAGGACCGGAGGCCCGAGACGAAAGGGAGACAGACAGUAGCCAUCUGCUCAUCCAACCCUUUCCCUCUUCAGAAGAGACAAAGGCCCGCACUGACUGGGCUUGCUACUGGCCCAAGAUCAAAUGGGGAGCAAUCACCCAAGCCAGGGUUCACGCUAAGGUUUCCUGAGGCCUCUUGUUGUUUAUUUCAUGGCAAAGACUGAGCUGCAGAGGCAGAAGCCCUGCAUCCAAGCCCUUCCUUGGAGGUUUCCUCCUUGGUGAUCUUGGACAAAACAGUCCGCUUCCCUGGCCCUCCACUUCCUCCUCUUAAGGACCAAAGGCCUGCAUCUCAGAGCCCUGAUCUUAUGUCUCUAAACACUUUGUUCGUCUGGCUACACUAUGUUGCCUCAAUUGUACAAAUAGCUGAGCAUUAUAAUGUUAAAGACAAAAACAAACCCAAAACCCAGCCCAUCUGGUUUCAUUUUCAAACUACGGGGAUGGUUUGCCCAUUUUGAAAAAGAUAGUCCUGUUUCUUAAAAAAUAAAGACAAAAACAAAAA